CUCUUGUUAUAUACAUAUACUUCUUCUUAUUUUUAUCUCAUUUUAUAUAUAAAAUAUAUAUUAUCAUCAUCAUUAUCACAUCCUUAAUUAUAACUCAUCAAAUUUAUCACCAUGGCUCUCGAUUUUUUAUCAAGCGACAUUAUCUUUCCUUCAGACUCAAAUGAACCAAAGCUCUCGGCUUCCUCAUUAAAAAAGAUGCCCCAACCAGUCGAUUGGGCUCUCCACGACUACUACAGCACAGUUCUCGAGAAAGCACACACCCCAAUUCAGUCCCUCACAGAUCUCUGCAAACUCGAACCCGUCACCUCAGAUGAAAUGACCGAAAAGGCAUUCUAUGCAUCUGUCGGGUCCAAGGUCGCCGCCCUACCCUUCUUCUCUCUCUCCCAGAAGCAAGACGAAAAGGCCAUCAUCCUGGCCCUCGCCAGUCACCUCAAACCUGUCGCUGCUGCCUUGGCCAAAUCUGCCACACCUGCCCCUAUGAUGGUCAUGCCAGACCCUCAAUCAGAUCUACGCGCUGCACUGUGUGGAGCAUUAGAAUUGGUUGAAAACGACAUGCAACGCAACGUACACGACACAUUCUUACCCUUACCGCAGGUGCUGGACACCAAGCAGAAGCGAGACAGCUGGAACUGGAAAACUGAAAUGCUUCAAACCAAACUACAUAGCCCGGUCAACCUCAAACAGACCCGCGAACCCCAGUCUUGGGAGAAUGACAGUGACUUUGGGUUUGCUGAUUACACAAACCACAAUCUUCUCCAUAUCAAUCCCAACUCUCCUUCUCUUGGCUUUGCUAAGAUUGAUGAGGACCCAGUCUUGCUAGACUCUUCAAUCAGUUCAGCAAUGUCUUCCGAAAUCAGCACAAGCGAUCACGACGAUCACGACGACGACCAAGAGAACGACUUUAUUCCACCUCAGACUCUAAUCUCCUCCAGAUCUUCUGUGUCUGCUGUAUUCCCAGUCACACAAGAGCCAAAGAAGGAGGUCAUGGCGCCCAUCGUUGCACAGACCCUAGAGUCCACUCCAGAACCAAUUGCAAUCCAAAAAGCCACACUUCUAACCACAGCCAGUACAGCCAGUACAGCCAGUACAGCCAGUACAACCAAGGUUAAUGCUUGGAAGAACUUUGUCGACAAGGUCAAGAAUAUUGCCAAGCCAAACAAUUCCAAGCAAUCUCCUUCUACUACCAAGAAAUGCCUUCGCUUCUUCCAACGCCGUUCUUACUAGACUCUCUUUAUUUUAUAUAUUUAUAUAUAAUAUCCAACCACAAAAAAAAAGAAAAAAAGGAAAAGAGGAAUUUCCCAUUCACACCCAUCAAAUACAGCCUCAAUCACAAUCAC